CGUGCUUUCAAAUUGUUCUGCUACGUGACCAACAAACUCUCUUUGUUGAUUGAUUAGUUCAACUACAAAUCACAGACAUUGGAUUUAUAGAGUUGCAACUAGAAUUGGCACGUCGUGCAAAAUUGUCGGAGAAGUACGUCUGUUGCCCGCUUAAACAGUUUUUGAAUCACUUUAUAGAUUCAGUUCAGUGCUGUGCUUUUUGGAUCAAAUUGAUUAUACCUUAAAACGAAAUGUAUACCAGCAUUUUUAAUGAAUGAAAAUGAGUCAGACUCCUAGAAGAACUCCAAAUUCUAACAGUCCAGGCUUUGCACCAGUCAAAUUACAUCAGAGUCCCAUUGCAAGCCCUAAUAGUCAGAAGAACCUAACAGGUGUGCCUAGAGUGGUAAGGGACCUAGCAGCAGAUCUAUACAACAAUGUGCAAAAAUGGAACAAUUUGCACAUAAGAGGCGCACAACUAUGCAAGCAGAUCGCUAUCUGUAAAACAGACAAGCCUUUUGAAUACUCUCCUGAAUUAGAAACUUUAACAAAUAAUUUAUAUGAAUGUGUGGAUGAGCUUACGCCCAUCAAAGAAACGUUUGAGAUGAUUAUAAAACAGGCAGAAGCAAUGAAAAAGUUGCAGAAAACUCCAGAACCUGUAUUUUUUGGGCAUAAAAUGGAGGGUUUGGUAGAAAUGGUACAUUAUGUAGCAAAUGCCUAUGUCGCAGAGUACAGUGUGAAACAAACUGUAUUAGAAAAUAUAGCUCAUACACAGAGCAAAGAUGAAGUGAUGUUUUUUGCUACAUUUUGGACAUUACAAACAAAUGUGGAUGAUAGAGUUACUUUGAAGUUGGAGUCCUUAUUAACUGAAACAUGCCACAGAACAAUUGACUAA